GAAGAGGAAGUUGCACUACAUUUAGUCAGCGAUUUGAAUACUCAUUUAGAAAAUGUCACAGUAUAUACUGCAAAUAUGGAAGUUCAGAGCUUGGGAAUGAGACGUGAACUGCAAGAAGUUACUGCUGAAAGAGAUCAAUUGAAACAACAAGUAAAUGCUAUGAGCCGAGAAAUGGGUACAAUGAAAACAAACUUUGAGAAAGUUCUGAAUUCAAACAAAGACCUUAAGCUCAAGAUGGUCUCUUUAACUGAGCGUGUUAUUCAUCUGGAAAAGCAGUCUGAAGGUGCGGCAAAAAAAGAUGUUGUUGAACGCCAUGAUAGAGAUGUGCGAACAAUGCAGACGUCUCUGACACAGGUUCGUGCCCAGGUGGUGCAAUUAGAGAGACUGAGCUUAAAUGAAGGUCGUUCUGGUUCUGGAUCAGGAGAAAGUGCUUCAGCCCCAGAGUUAAAACGUCGCAUAGAUAUGCAUGACAGUCAGUUUGCACAGAUAGAUGUUCAGAUGGCAGAGCUAGACCUAAGGUUUCAGAUCUUAGAAACAGCAAGUUAUGAUGGUACAUUGAUGUGGAAACUGAGGGACUACGCAAGAAGAAAGCAAGAUGCAGUACAAGGAAGAACACUCUCACUAUACAGUCAGCCAUUCUACACACACAGAUAUGGUUACAAGAUGUGUGCUCGGGUUUACCUAAAUGGGGAUGGAAUGGGAAAGGGAAGCCACAUGAGUUUGUUCUUUGUGGUUAUGAGAGGAGAAUAUGAUAACCUCCUGCCUUGGCCAUUCCAGCAGAAGGUAACGAUGACCUUGCUAGACCAGGAGACUGGACAGUGCAACCUUUCUGACUCCUUCAGACCAGAUCCUACAAGCAGUAGCUUCAGAAAACCAACUACUGAUAUGAAUAUUGCAUCUGGAUGUCCUCUAUUUGUUUCACAUGCAGUGCUGGAAACACCAAAGUAUGUGAAGGAUGACACAAUCAUGAUAAAAUUUCAAGUUGAUUUAACAAAUCUCAAUCAUCCCUAAAACACCAAUUUAUUGUGUCAGGGGUAUACACACAAAAACAAUGCUUUUAACUUCGCCUUCCUUGUUUCUUCAUAAACACCAUUCAGCUUUUGUAUGUUUUGAUGCCAACAUGAUAAUAAGCCCAGCUAUAGCCAUUGUUGUACAUCCAGGUGCUUCUGUUACAUUCAAACUUUGCUUCAUAUUGUCAUCAUGGUCAUGUUUUUAUUUCUGGAUCUUAAUACAUAGGGAGCAAAUUACGAAGUCUGUUGGGCAUCUGGGUACAAUUGUAUUGGAAUACGGAACAAUGGCUGAUACAUGCAUCAAAUAUGUAGCAUGUGAAAGAAAGGGAGUUUAUGGAGUUGCUAGGUUGGUUGCAUCUCAAGCAUUUGCGUGCACCAACUACCCAGCCCACCCGCUUAGCUCAGUAGGUAAGAGCGUUGGUCUACGGAUCUCGGGGUCGCGAGUUCGAUCCUCAGGCGGGGCGUAUGUUCUCCGUGACUAUUUGAUAAACGACAUUGUGUCUGAAAUCAUUAGUCCUCCACCUCUGAUUCAUGUGGGGAAGUUGGCAGUUACUUGCGGAGAACAGGUUUGUACUGGUACAAAAUCCAGGAAUACUGGUUAGGUUAACUGCCCUCCGUUACAUGACUGAAAUACUGUUGAAGAACGGCGUUAAACCCAAAACAAACAAAACAUUUCUGUUGAUUUAAAAAUGGUACAGACAGGAAAAAGAAAGAUGUAAACACAUUGAAAAUAAAUUACAAUUUAAUUUGUUCUCAUGGAAAUCAGACAGUUUAGCCUGUGGGUAUGGAAGUUGAUGGUAAUAAAUUGUUUCUUGUAAAUUAUGGCAGAAUUUUAAACAUACAAUAUGUGACUUAAAGUAAAAUGACACCUUCGGGAAAUAUCAGAUUUUUAUCUUGAAACAAACUCCACACUUAAACAUUUACCUCUUCAUCGUACCAAUACAUUUGUACCAGAUUUUCAUACUGUGUAUAAGUACACUGUCUUAAUUAGAUGUAAGAGUAUAUUAAAUGACAGUAUAGUAUUGUUUUCUAAACGCAAGACUUUGAUAGUAACUACCAGAUUCAGAUCUACCAUUCAGCAGCUUGUCCAUGAAUCUUUAAUCAUGAAUGCUAGUUUUAUCAUGCAAAAUCAUAUAUUGCGCAUAUGCUUCUCUACUACUCUUCUAAUUUAAUUGUCAUUUCAUUUGGCAAAAUGUACACUUGAAACCUGUUAUAACGCUACUCGAUAUACCGCGGUACUCGUUAUAACGCUGUAUGGCCUUGGCUCCCAAAUUUUAGAGGGUAAAAAAAGAAAGAAAGAAAGAAAAAAUCUGCGGAUGUUAUUUAAUUUGAUCAUAACCAGCGUUUAAAACUACAUGUACCUGUGUACAUUAACACCUUUCCAUGACAACUGUGACAAAAAUCAAUAAUUGUCAGUCUGCUAGCUUACUUGUUUGCAUAUCGCCUUUGUUAGCCCACCAUCAUCAGAUGGUGGGCUAUUCAAAUCACUCUGCGUCCGUGGUCCGUUGUCCUUCCGUCCGUUAACAAUUCGUUAUCGCUACUCCUCAGAAACUACCAGGGGGAUUUUGACCAAAGAUUGUCAGAAUGAUGUAUUGGUACCCUAGUUGUGUCCCCCUGAAAAUCAGACUGGUUCACCAAUUUUUUAAUAAGUUAUGGCCCUUUGUUUAUUUCUAUAAUUUACAUAGAUUUAUAUAGGGAAAAACUUUGUGAAAAUCUUCUUGUCCAAAACCACAGAGCCUAGGGCAUUUGUAUUUGGUAUGAAGCAUCAUCUAGUGGUCCUCUACCAAGAUGAUUCAAAUUAUUUCCCUUGGGGUAUAAUAUGGUCCCGCCCCGGGGGUCACAUGGUUUAUAUAAACUUAUAUAGGGAAAAACUUUGAAAAACCUCUUGUCCAAAACCACAGGGCCUAGGGCUUUGAUAUUUUGUAUGUGACAUCGUCUAGUGGUCUUCUACAAAGAUUGUUCAAAUUAUCCCCCUAGGGUCAAAUAUGGCCCCCGCCCCGGGGGUCACAUGGUUUACAUAGACUUAUAUAGGGAAAAACUUUGAAAAUCUUCUUGUCCAAACCACAAAGCCUAGGGCUUUGAUAUUUGUAAUGUAGCAUCAUCUAGUGGUUUUCUACCAAGUUUGUUAAAAUUAUCCCCCUAGGUUCAAAUAUGGCCCCACCCUGGGGGUCACAUGGUUCAUAUAGACUUAUAUAGGGAAAAGCUUUUAAAAACUUCUUGUCAAUAACCUACAACAUUCAAAUUUGGACCACAUGUAUGGUUUUGAGCGGCAAGAUGAACCUUGACAUGAGUUGACCUUGAUUUUGACCUAGUGACCUACUUUCACAUUUCUGUAGCUACAACCUUCAAAUUUGGACCACAUGCAUAGUUUGUGCACUGAAAAAAAACUUUGACCUUGACAUUGACAUUGACCUAGUGACCUACUUUCACAUUUUUGAAGGUAGAGGAUUCAAAUUUGGUUCACAUGCAUAGUUUCGUGUUCCAAAAUGAAAUUUGACAUUGAUUUUGAUCCAGUGACCUACUUUCACAUUUCUCAAGCUACAAGCCUUCAAAUUUGGACCACAUGCAUGGUUUUAUGUACUGAAACAAACUUUGACUUUUACAUUGACCUAGUGACCUACUUUCACAUUUUUGAAGGUACAGGCUUCAGAUUUGGACCACAUGCAUAGUUCUGUAUUCCGAAAUAAAAUUUGACCUUGAUUUUGACCUGGUGACCUACUUUCACAUUUCUCAAGCUACAGCCUUCAAAUUUGGACCACAUGCAUGGUUUUGUGUACCGAAACAAACUUUGACCUUUACAUUGACCUAGUGACCUACUUUCACAUUUUUGAAGAUACAGCCUUCAAAUUUGGACCACAUGCAGUUUUGUAUUCCAAAAUGAAAUUUGACAUUGAUUUUGACCCAGUGACCUACUUUCACAUUUCUCAAGCUACAAGCCUUCAAAUUUGGACCACAUGCAUGGUUUUAUGUACUGAAACAAACUUUGACUUUUACAUUGACCUAGUGACCUACUUUCACAUUUUUGAAGGUACAGGCUUCAGAUUUGGACCACAUGCAUAGUUCUGUAUUCCGAAACAAACUUUGACCUUGACAUUGACCUAGUGACCAACUUUCACAUUUUUGAAGGUACAGGCUUCAAAUUUGGUCCACCUGCAUAGAUUUGUGUUCUGAAGUGAAAUUUGACCUUGAUUUUGACCUAGUGACCUACUUUCCCAUUUCUCAAGCUACAGCCUUCAAAUUUGGACCACUUGCAUAGUUUUGUGUACCGAAAUAAACUUUGACCUUAAGAUUGACCUAGUGACCUACUUUCAAAUUUCUCAAUCUACAGCCUUCAAACUUGAUGCACAUGCAUAGUUUUGUGUACAAAGAACUUUGUCCUUGAAAUUGAUCUAGUGACCUACUUUCACAUUUCUCAGCUUUCGAAUUUGGACCACUUGCACAGUGUUGUGUACGGAAAUGAAAUUUGACCUUGAUCUAGUCAAUAAGUCUUGAAAUUUGGAACACUCAAAAAUGGCACAUUGGUGUGUGCCAAGAUCACUCUGUGAUCUCUUGUUAAAGUUUGAAUACAUGUAGACAUGUGACAAUUAGGCAAUCAGUAUCAUGUCAAAAUUAGAUUGUUUGCAUAACAAGCGUGUAACAUUGGUCAGUCAACUAUCCAACCGUUUAAGUUUGCACCAAUUAAGCAGAUGACAUGAUCACUUGAGUGAAUAAAAAAUCGAACAACAGGCCCAGUUUUGUAAUAAACUGCAGCCAUUUUUCGUAAUCAUCACACUCAAUUCAUCGGAAAUAACGAAGAUUCGACGCACUGAAAGCCAUACUGAGAAUGUGCUCCCUUUUUAAUAUUGUAUAUCAACGACGGUGAUUUAAAAAAUUUCUAUCUUAUUUAUCAAUUUCCUUCAUGUAUUCAAAAUUAAUUUUUUUUAAGACUGUCCGCGUUUUUUAUCUCUUUUAGUUACAUAAACCCCCAGUGCAAUUGCAUUGCAUAUGUAAUUCUCGCGACCGCGCACUCCUCACACAGCGUUAUAUAUGUUUACUUCCGGGAUACACAAAUCCAAUUUUCUUUUAGAAUCACGACAAAAUGAAAAGAUGACACAGCGUUAUAAUUCUUUUAAUGUAUUUUUCAGUAGCAUUUAAGGUAAAUAAAUGUCCCGUUUAUACGAUUCUUAUUUCUUAUUAACAUAAAACAGCGUCCAAAAUACGUUACCUGUGGGUGGGGUAUUGCGUAUACCGCUGAUACAAUCAACCCGCGUUAUAAAUUUAACUCCGCUACAUCCGCGGGUCUCGAACCUUGGACCCCGACAACAGCGUUAUAACGGGGUCCCAGUGUAAUAAGUUAGCAUUGAGCAAAUAAAUAUUGAUGAACCAUGGCAAUUUUACUUUAAAAUAAAUGUAUUUUGUGUUAGAUAUAAAUUAUUUACCAAAAAAUCAGGUAGGUAGAGGCAAUGACAACUAAUGUUACUAGUACGUUUCAGUAAAUGUAAACCAGUGUUCAAUUAGAAUUGAAAUUUGAAAAGUUUUCUCCAACCAUCCUUGUAGAAUGAUGUAUAAUAUCAAUGGUUUUGCCCUAUAUAUAUAUAGGCACAAUAUACAGAGAGCAGUCAUGUUAAAUUUCUCAACAGGUAUGACAGACUUAAAGCAAACCUGUUACUUUCAUCUUGGGAAGUUGUCACAUUCUGGAAGAGCAUUAGGAAGUACAUUUGAAAAAAUACAGGAAAUGGAAAUGUCAUUAAAUAGUACUUUUGAGUUUAACCAGUCAAUCGUCUAUAUUAAUUGAAUGUAUACCUGUACACAAAAGCACACUUUACAGUAGACACUCAAUACUCAACUGAGUUAACAACUGUUUGACCAAAUUUUAAUUCAUAGUUUUAUGAUAGUUUUUUUUUUGACAGACCUAAAUGAUUACCUGAGAGGAUGAUGACAUGUUCAAGCAACAGACAGUGUACACCAUGAAUUAAAUUUGCACUGCAUGCAUAUUAUUGUGUUCUGAAUUGAAAUUUGACAUUGAUUUUUACCUACUACCUACUUUCACAUUUCUCAAGCUACAGCCUCCAAAUUUUGAAGCACUUGCAUAUUUCUGUCAACCGAAAUGAACUUUGACUUUGAUAUUGAUCUAGUGACCUACUUUAACAUUUCUCAAGCCACAGUUUUCAAAUUUGGACCACAUACACAUUAUAUUGUACCGAAAUGAAAUUUGACCAUGAUUUUGACCUUGAGCUAGUCUUGAAAUUUGGAACAUUCAAAAAUGGCUCAGUGGAUGGCACCAAUAUCACUUUGUAAUCUCUUGUUAGGUUAAAGGUCAAAGUCAGAUUAAAACAGAAUGGUAGAACUUUAAUUUACAGUGAGCAUAUAAUUUCUGUUCCUUGUGCAAUUACUAAAUGCAUCAAGGGGGGCAUUUCGUGUUCGACGAGCUCUUGUUUAGUGUGACCCUCUUCUAGAAUUGUUCAAGUCAGAAACUCAGGUGAGCAGUCUAGGGUAAAACUUGCCUCCCAGGAUAAUUUUUUCAACUGAAGUAAAAUACACUUGUUAGGAGCUUUGUUUAAUUUUUAUUGUACUUUAGUAUUUGUCCGCCCACUUAACUUAGUAGGGAAAGUGCAGAUCUACUAAUUGCGGGAUGUAAGUUUGACCUGGGUGAGAUAUAUGUCACCGUGACCAUUUGAUGAAAAACAUUGUGUCUGAGAUCAUUUGUCUGCCACCUCAGAUUCAUGUUGGGAAGCUGGCAGUUACUUGCAGCGAACAGGUUUUUACUGGUACAGAAUUCAGAACACACCAGUAAGUGAAUUGGUCACUAUUAUAUAUAUAAAUGAAAUACUUUAGAAAAAAAUGGCAUUAAGCCAAAAACAAGCAAACACCAGUGUUUAUCCCAAUUUAAUGAUUUUUGUGCAUCUGACCCCCGCCCCCCGCCCGUGAGUGGUGUGGGCAUAUAGAUUUGGUCUUGUCAAUGCAUCUGUGUGUACGUCCGUCCGAAGUUUGUGUAACAUGAAAAGUGUUUGAUAUAAAUUGAUGAAACCUUGCAUGAGUCUUUAUCAUUAUAUGAACUUGUGCACCUCCUAUUUUUCAUUUGGCUCCGUUUCCUAUUUUCAGAGUUAUGGCCCCUGAAAAAGUCAAAAAUGCACAUUUUCACCUUGUGACACGCCUAGCUCAAAAAGCAUUUGAUAUAGAUUCAUUCUGUCUGUCCGUAGACACAAUCUUGUGUGCACCAUCUCCUCAUCCCCUUCACACAGUUUAAUGAAACUUCACACAAGUGAUCGGUAACAACAGUAGUUAUUAAUAGGGCAUGUUAGGUUCUUUCAGAAAAAAAAAAAUGCAGAGUUAUGGGACUUUGUUUUUUUUUGUUACUAUACUAUAUACAUAGACACAAUCUUGUGUGCACCAUCUCUCCGCAUCCCCAUGACACAAUUUUAUGAAACUUCACACAAGCGAUCAGUAACAACAGUAGUUGUGCAUUGGGCAUGUUAGGUUCUUUCAAAAAAAAAUUUGCAGAGGUACGGGACUGUUUUUUGUUACUAUAUUAUAUACAUAGACACAAUCUUGUGCACACCAUCUCUCCUCAUCCUCUUGACACAAUUUAAUGAAACUUCACACAAGUGAUUAGUAACAACAGUAGUUGUGCAUGGGGCAUGUUAGGUUCUUUCAACAACAAAAAUUGCAGAGUUAUGGAACUUUGUUUCUUGUUAACAUACUACGUACAUACAGUCUGCAUAUGCAAUCUUGUGUACACCUAAUCUUCCGAACCAUUCCACACAAUUUAAUGAAACUUCACACAAGUGAUCAGUACCAACCCUAGUUGUGCAUGGUGCAUGUUACGUUCUUUUAGUAAAUAUUCUGCAUAGUUAUGGGUUUGUUUUUUGUUACUAUACUGUAUACAUACAGUCUAUAUACAUACAGUCCACAUAAUUAUGUUAUCUUGUGUGCAUCAAAUUACAAUGUACUGUGUCAGUGCAUGUGGGAGUACAUUCAUCACCUUUAGUUAUAGCUCUAGUUCAUUUGGGUUCGCCCCCUAUUUUUAGAGUUAUGGCCCCUGAAAUAGUCAAAAAUGUACAUUUUCACCUUGUGACGCACUUAGCUUAAAAAGUAUUUAAUAUAAAUGGUUAAAAACUUGCACAAGUCUUUUUUAGGAUAUAAACUUGCACACCUCUAAUUUUGUGGCUGGCUCCACCCUCUAUUUUUAAAGUUAUGGCCCCUGAAAUAGUAAAAAGAAUGCACUUUUUCACCUAAUUAUGUGCCUAGCUCAAAAAGUAUUAGAUGUAAAUUCAGAAAACCUUGCUGGAGUCUUUAUCGUGAUGUGACCUUGCACACAUUUGAAUUAUUGCCCCUUAUUUGUGACAAAUGUACCAGUGGGGGGAACACCCUGUGUCCUACAGUCACAUUCUAGUUGAUUUAUAUGCUUCCCAAAAAGUUACUGUUUCCACUUUGUCCUUCAGUCAGUGAUUCUAUCCAUCCCAUUACCUUGCCCGGUACAUAAUUUCUGGACUACCAAAGGUAAUUAAACAUGUGAUUGCACUGGUUUUGUCUUAGGGUCUUCAGAUUUCUUUACUCUAGUAAGUCGACCACUAAAGAUUAAGGAUGUUUAAUUCAUUUUAUCUUGUUUAAAAAAUCAUAUUUUUGUAAAGAGAAUGCAUUUCCGGGGAAAAAAAUCACUAUGAAUUCGCUUCCAAUUGUUACAGACAGACAUGCAGAUGGACAGAUAACAGUUUCAGCUAUUACACAGCUCCUUAAAUAAACUGUGGGUCCAUAGUUUGUGUUAUUAUAUGACUUAUUAUAUAUAAGUUGCCAGUAUAGUCGUCCGCGGUAUUCUCGCAUCAUUGGUAAUUUCGCGUUAUUCUCGUUUUGCACUGCAGCGUCAUCUUGACAUCAUUAACAAACAACCUACUUCCAUUUUCAGUUCAAAUUUCAAUCAAUUUAUCCAGAAUGCAUAGAAUUUUGGUGAGUUAACAUGCAAAAUAGUUGAAAUAAUUAAAUUUCUAUCCAAUUAAACCCAAAUCCUGUAUUUUUCACAUGUUAACCGUUUUCACCAAUGUUUUGUUUAUGUCGUCUGUUAUAAAUAUGCCCGAUUCAGAUGAACGACGAUCCCACAAUGCCCCGCUUCCCUUUAAUUCUCGCCUUGGUACCAUAUUUUCCGAAACAGACUUAUUUUAGUGGUCACAUACAAAGGUUCAAAGGUCAGGGUUGUGAGAAGGGACAGCUCUUUCAGGUGUACACGCUGUCAAAAUGAGUAAAUUGUUAAGUACUGGGUGUGGAACAUUUCACAUAGUUUUACCAAUAUUGUUAUAAUUAAACUUAUUUUUACACACAGACACAAAAUUCCUUAGUGUACCGGAAAUAAACAAAUAUCGUGGUAUGUAACCUAACAAUACUUCUACAACUACAACAACAACAUCUUUAACGCGAAAGUACCAAGGAUAUACAAAAUCAAAAUGGUAGAAAGUGUACAUGUUGACACGUGAUUGUCGGGAGUAUUUUAAUUAUAUUUUGUGUCAAAACUUGUAUGUUUUGAUAGAUAAGGAAUUAUUUUAAAUUAGUUAUUAAACAAAAUAACUGUUAUAUUUUCAUUUGCUUGCUAACUGUAUUUAAUGUCACUAGUACCACGAGAAUAUAGGGGAACAGGCUAUGUAGUUUCUAUUACAUUAUGAAUUUAUGAUCACUAUAUACUCAGUAGUGUCAUAUUUACUGAGUUAAUCAGUCAGAAUUUUAAAGAUAAAAUUAAAAAAUUAUUUUAUGAUAUUUAUCAUACUGAAUGGCUUACCAGUCUAUAGUCAAAACUAUUGGCCCCCAGUCCGUCAAACCUUGGGUAAUUAUUUUGACUGGGAAGCCAUUCAGAAAGUGUAUACUAUUGAGCUGUAUAAUGCUCAACACUGUAUUUUGCUUGGCAAAAGUAAAAGCCUGUAGAAAAACUAUGAAAAUUGAAAUCUGAUGUAAAGUGUUAAAAUACUUAAGGCCUCUGGCAAUGGUUUUAACUAUUGACAGGCAAAACCAUUCAACAAGUGUAUAUUAUUGAUGUGAAAUUUAAACUUGGGAAAUGGGGAGAAAAAACUUGCAUCUCUGCAAAUAUCUAAUAACUAUAUUGACAGGCUGUCAACUAAAUUAAGGAAAAAUUAAAGAUGUUGCAAAUUUAACUUUUCGAAUCUAAAAGAAGACUAAGGUAUAUAUGUUUUCAUUACAAGUUGUUGACAGCCAGAAACCAGUUUGAAUACUUAUCUAGAUGUGUGUAUUGGUUAUAAUACGUGUUGGUUAAUUGGUGUGAGGUCAAACAAAAACAAUUGUAGUUGUGAAUAAAUGUUAAUUGAAAUAAAUGUUGAGUAUAAGAACAUUUCUCAGCUGAUGAUUCCAGUAGGAUGAAACAAGAAUUAAUAUAUUUCAAAAUGAUCAAUAUUGUCAGCUGAUUGAUAUUUUAUCUUUCUGUUCCAAGAAGUAAUAAAAAUAAUAUCAGUAGAAAUACAAAAAAUAUAUAUUUAAUCCAUGUAUUAGCUCUCCUGAGCACAAAGUGCUCAAAGUGAGCUAUUGUGAUCAUCCGGUGUCUGUCACCUGUCGUCAACAAUUGGACUUUAUACUUUAGAGGUCACAGUUUCAGCCCAAUUUUAAUGAAAUUUGUUCAGAAUAUUACCCUUAAUAAAGUCUCAGACUAAUUUGUUACUGGGUCAGCUGGGGUCAAGAAGAAGGUCACUAGGUCAGUAAAUGGGAAAACCUUGUUAACACUCUAGAGGCCACAUUUUUUAUCUCGCCUUCAUGAAAUUUAGGAUGUUUUCCUUUAUGAAAUUUAUGUCAAGUUUAAAACUGAGUUACCUGAGGUAAAAAACUAGAGCACAAGGUCAAAUCAUAAAAAAACUUGUUAACUCUCUAGAGGUCACAUUUUAUGUUUGACUUGUGUGUAUGAAAUCUAGUUGUAGUUCAAAACUGAAUUACCUGAGUUCCAAAACUAGGUCACUAGGUCUGAUCAUAGAAAAACAUUGUGCAUACUCUGGAGGCCACAUUUACUAUUUGAUCUUCAUAAAACUAUGUCAGACUGUUUGCCUCUUUGGAAUCUAAGUCGGGUUCAAAACUGGGAUACCAGACUUUUUGGUCUUCCAUAGGAAAACCUUGUUGACUUUCAAGAGGUCACAUUUUCUAAUUGAUGUUGUAAAACUUUAUCAGAAUGUUCGUCUCUAUGAAAUAUAGUUUAGGUUUGAUUCUGGAUUAUCUAGGUCAAAACCUAGGUCAGUAGGUCAAAUUAUAGAAAGACAUUGUUAGCACUCAAAAAGGCCACAUUUUCUACCUGAUAUGCAUGGCGCAUUGUAGGAAUGCUUGUCUGUUUACAGUUAAGGACAAAUUUGUAACUGGG